GGAUGCACUGUCUGUGGUGCAGCAGGUCGACUAGUCGAUCCGGAGCUCAUUGAUGACUCUCCAGCGUGUUGUUGCAGCGUCAUCCUGUUUGAAUGAAGUUCAGACCCACAACGAGCCACCAACUCUUGAUUUGCUCCCUGGUGAACUGAAACAGGAAAGAAAAAAACCCCAAAGAAACUCAGGACCAAGGAAGUGAAAGCUUAACAACCAUGCCGGUGUUCACGGUAAACGUUAAAUGGGGCAAAGAGAAGUUCGAUGCAGUGGAGCUGAACACAGAGGAGCCACCCAUGGUUUUCAAGGCUCAGCUUUUCGCUCUGACAGGAGUUCAACCAGACCGGCAGAAGGUCAUGGUGAAAGGAGGCACUCUAAAGGAUGAUGAGUGGGGUAACAUUAAGCUGAAAAAUGGAAUGACUCUGCUGAUGAUGGGGUCGGCAGAAGCUCUGCCGGAGGAACCGGCUGUCCGGCCCAUGUUUGUGGAGGACAUGACUGAGGAGCAGCUGGCCUCAGCGAUGGAGCUGCCGUGUGGGCUGACAAACCUGGGCAACACCUGCUACAUGAACGCCACCGUGCAAUGUCUGCGCUCUGUUCCAGAGCUCAAAACUGCCCUGAGAAGGUAUUCGGGUGCUCUGCGAUCUUCAGGAGCAAACGCGCCGUCGCAGUACAUCACAGCAGCGCUUCGUGAUUUAUAUGAAACUAUGGACAAGACUUCGUCCAGCCUCCCCCCCAUUAUUCUGCUGCAGUUCCUUCACAUGGCCUUUCCACAGUUUGCUGAGAAGGGAGACCAGGGGCAGUAUCUUCAGCAGGACGCCAACGAGUGCUGGCUGCAGAUGAUGAGAGUCCUUCAACAGAAACUGGAACCGCUUGAACCAGAAGCUGCCAUGGAGACUGAGUCUGAGACCGGAGCUGCUGCUGCCUCGUCAAAGAAGAACUUUAUUGACCAGUAUUUUGGAGUAGAAUACGAAACUAGUAUGAAAUGCACAGAGUCUGAGGAGGAAGAACCAAUCAAGGGCAAGGAGAGUCAGCUGCAGCUCAGCUGCUUCAUCAACCAAGAGGUCAAAUACCUUGCAACGGGAUUAAGGCUGAGGCUGCAGGAGGAGAUCACAAAAAUGUCUCCAUCGUUGGACAGAAACGCCCUGUACAUAAAAUCUUCAAAACUUAGUCGCCUUCCUGCCUACUUGACUGUUCAGAUGGUCCGAUUUUUCUACAAGGAGAAGGAGUCUGUGAAUGCUAAAGUUCUAAAGGACGUCAAGUUCCCACUCAUGCUGGACGUUUAUGAGCUGUGCACCACGGAGCUCCAGGAGAAGAUGCUGCCCAUCAGGUCAAAGUUCAAAGAGGUUGAAGACAAGAAGCUGGAGAAGCAGCAGCAGAAGGUAUUGAAGAAACCAGAUGCAUCAAAAGAGACGAAAUACGAUCCUUUCUCAUUCCCAGAUGAUAUCGGCUCCAACAACAGCGGCUACUACGACCUGCAGGCCGUGUUGACGCAUCAGGGCCGCUCCAGCUCGUCGGGUCACUACGUGGCGUGGGUCAAGAGGAAAGACGAUGAGUGGGUGAAGUUCGACGACGACAAGGUGAGCGUGGUCGCUCCCGAGGACAUCCUGCGGCUGUCAGGGGGCGGAGACUGGCAUAUAGCCUACGUUCUACUGUACGGGCCUCGCCGGCUGGAAAUACUGGAGGAGGAGCAGUAGAUUUCUAUGACCAUUGUUCACACAUACAAAUUGCCAUUUCAAAGCACUGUCUGCAUACAUGUGCAAUAAAUUUGUGUCUUUGAAGAUUUGAUGACCUUAAUUCUUUUAUUUUGGAUGCUUGUAAAAAGGAAAAAACCUUCAACUGUAUCAUUGGGCUUUGGGAAAGAUGUGAGCGGCAAUCACUGGACUGGAUCCUUAAGGUUUUAAAUGUCGCUUUGCAGUUUCAGUACAUGUUUUAUACACGUUGUAUAUUUUAAGCCUUUCAUAAGGUGGUCAUAUGAGAGCAAAAUAUUUCUCUUUAGUCAUUUAAUCAACUUGUAUAAAAAUCCUUGCUUGGAGCGCUUUCUGGCAGAUUUAUAACCGAAAAGCGUUUGUGUACUAAAUCCUGUUCUCCUGCAGGACCUCUGGGUUCUUCAGAGAACUUCUUGUGGUUCUUAAAAGUUUUGAUAAAUGCGGUUCUGUCUGCCAAAUUGUCAUUCAUGCUUUUUUUUUCUCCAAUGGGGGGGGUUGAAGCAGGUUGCCCUUGUGGUGAACUGAGUGCAUUUGAAUAAAAGCUUCAGACUAAAA